AGCUACCAGCCCUACGUCAGCUACAAGUGCUACGUCAGCUACAAGUGCUACGUCAGCUACAAGUGCUACAUCAGCUACCAGUGCAACGUCAGCUACAAGUGCUACAUCAGCAUCGGCUACCACUACCAGUGCUACGUCUGCCACCAGUGCUACGUCUGCCACCAGUGCUACGUCAGCUACCAGUGCUACGUCAGCUACCAGUGCAACUGCAACGUCAGCUACCAGCGCAACGUCAGCUACCAGUGCUACGUCAGCUACCAGUGCAACGUCAGCUACUAG